AUGAUACCUAUUAUAUUAUGAAUAAGGGUUUAAACCUAUUAUUAGGUUAAGAGUAUGAAAAACAUUUUUACUCAUUAUCAAUAAUAUAACGAACAAAACAUAGAAGGUAACUUAUGUGGUCUGUCACACGUCAAACAGUCAUUAACUCAGAAAAUAAAUUCAAAGAAAAUUACGCACAUAGCGACGACAAAGCGUCAAAGCAUGGCUACGCAAUGUACCUAUAUAGUUUCAUAAUAAUAUUGAAAGAAAAAUAAGUAUAAAACAUUUUCAUCGUUAAAAAUAUUGAUUUGACGAUUGAAUGUAAAUAUUCAAUGAAGUAGUGUACAAUAUGAUGGUACAAUAUAACGCGCUGUGGCAAUAAAAAAGGGGAAAAUAUUAUCUAAAAUAAUUUAUAAUAAUAAUUUCCAUGAAAAUGUGUAUUGAAUAUUCAGUAGCAAAAUAAAAAUAUUGUGUAACGAAAUAACUGUGGAUAAUAGAAAGGGCAUAAAAUUCAUCUAUAUAUACAUUGACAUUUAUAAUAUUAAUAUUUUAAUUGGACGGUUUGUAAAUUAAGUGUUUUUAAUGACAUAGUAUUAUAUAAAUUAAUAUUCCUGUCAAAAAGAAAUAUAUAUUUUUGAAUGACAAUUAUUUAUAAUUGGGAAUGUACGAAUAAUUGUUUUAAGUAGUUUACCGUAGAAAGACUUCAGAAAGUUCGGGAAAACUAUAAUGUCUUUUUAAUGGAAUAAAUAACCGUUGUAAUACACACAAUAUCUUGAAAAUAACUCGACUGAAAACUUUCAUUAUAAAAUAACUCUACUUGAACAAAAACAUUAUACAUAUACAUAUUAUAUAUAUCAACAAAGUUUAAAAAAUAAUGUCUCUUCUCCCCUCAAAGAUUGAAGCAUGUAAAUUAAACUUUUUCUCGAUAAAGAUCUACUUAUUCAGGGUAAAUAAAGUUAAAAGUCGUCUACUAAGAUGAAUAAAAUUAUGUUAAUAAUAUAAAUACAUAUUUGCAGAUGCAGAAUAAUAAAAUACAAAAAGUGUUGGAUAACUCGAAUAAAAAAUUGUAGUGGUACGGCGUAAUAACGUUUCGCAUUUGUAAUGAGAAAACAGAUAAAAACUGCGGCGGGAUAACAUCGUUUAAAAUUGACGUUACGAUGCGAGUUUCGAAAAAAAAAAUAACCAAAAACUUCUUCCAGUCCAGCUCCUUUGUAGUCCAUAAUACUGAAACACACCACUAACCGAGUUCUGCAUUAUUGAUUAUUAUUUUUAACACUAUAGCAUAGUAUACUACGAGCUUGUGAGCCUCUCAUUAAUAAUGUGCUUAAUGAACAACAGUAAGUUUUUACGUUUUUAACGUACCAGUACAGGUUUAGGUAAAAAUAGAAAAAAUUAAAUCAACUAUAAAUAUAUUAUAUUAUACGGCAUACUAUACACUAGGCAGCCAUUCGAUUAUACCGCGUCAUAAUAAUAUUAAUUAUAUUUAAUUACUGUACCUACAUUGUAAUAAAAUAAUACAUAUUAUUAUUUUACAAUAUGAGUGAAUCAUAUUAUAUGAUGUACCUAUACUUGAAAUAAUACGAAAUAAUAAUGAUGAUAGUUAAAAUAUAACUACAAACACUUAGAAAUGAUAACAAAAAAAGGUGUUUUGCUAAUAUAAGUGUGUCGCAAACAUUAUAAUAUUAAAAAUGUUUCGACCGUCAAACGUAUAUUAUACGAUGAUAUUAUAGUAUUGUUUUGUGUCAGCUUUGGUGUGGUGGGGUGUAAGAAAUAUUGUGUUAUAUUAUCGCCACAGGCGCGUUUACACCACCACACAAAAUAUAUAAUAAAUAAUAAUAAUAAAUGCGCGAAGCGUCGCUCCGACACGCGUUGUUUAACCGGAAGAUGGGGUUGGUGUAUUGCAUACAAAUCUUGGAUAACAAAAACAAUAUUUUAUCCUAUUUGUACUUUUAUUUUUAAAAUUUACUCUCACAGUUUUCGUCCGAUUACCUCACAAUAUAUCAGACGUAUUGAGUCACUGCUCUACCGUGUGGUAAAUAACAAUAUCCCAAUCACGUGAAAUACGCGAGAAACUGUGAAAACCUCAUAUAUAUUAUACGACGUCUAUUGAGUCUUUGUACUAUCCAGAAUAUAAUCAGUAUACUGAAUACAUAAUAUAAGGUAACUGGUAAAGGUACCUAGGUGUAUAAAUAUUAUGUAGGUACACGUUAUGCGAGUAGAGUUUCCAUAAUAGUGUUGACAGUCAGUGCGUUGGAAUCUAUUUCUCCUCUCCAUAAAACCCGCUGCAAAACUCGAGACUGGUCGUAUUGUGAAUACACGCGUGUAACAGCGACCGGCAAGUAAACACAGUCCUGCACAUAACAACGUAUUUGUUUCGUUAAUUUGUGUUCCUAUUAUUAUUUUUUGUUUCUGUUUUUUAUGCUUUUCCGAGACAGAUGCAAUACACAAAAAAUAAACAUCCACUCGGUUUCAUUCGGCGCCGCUAAUUGGACCGCCGAAAAUAAAAUAUUACCCUUCGCGUCGCGAAUAUACAUAUAAAUACGUAUAGGAAGUUUACAAAAAAAAAAAAAUAACCGAGUGGUUCUAUAUAAUUUAAUUGCCAGUUUUUCGUCGCUAUUCGGCCGUGUUUUCUAUCCAGCGAGCGGUGACGGAAUUAAAAACGAAAAUUACAAAAAAAAAGAACUACGCACGUGGAGAAUGGGGAAUGUCUAAAUGAUGCUGUACACGCUGAAUUUCCGGUACACCGGAAGAUGACGGCGUCCGUUUUUAAAUUAAUAAACAAAUAAAUAGUAAAAAAUCGCAUCCAACGAGUCACGCGCACGCUGAUCGGCGGCGCACUGACGUAUAUGCUAGAAUGACGAAGAAAGUAUAAGGUAAAUUUUACUUAGGAUGUAAGGCGUGUGUUAAAAAUAAGAAAUUAGUACAGGACCGUAUAUAUAUAUGGUGUCGAUGUGGCAACGAACUAAAGAGAGAUGUGCAUCGUAUAUAAUAUAAUAUAAUUUAUAUAUAUGUGUCAUGUGUGUGUGUGUUUAUGGGGAUGGGACGUUCCGAGGAGAACGAAAAACACAUACAAAAUGAUAAAUUACUAGGCGAUUUUGGGCUAUUUGCCAGGGUUUUUCACUGCAGUCCGAGAUGGACGGCGGCGGCGACCGCCCUAUAAUCGCAUUGUUAUUUUUAGUUUAUAUACCUGCAGCACUGCACGACACGUGUAAUAUAUAUUAUCAUAAUGUAUGGUAGUCGUAGUACGUUUUUAUUUUUUGAAAAUCUGUUCUACGUCGGUAUCGUUACCGGGAAAACAACAACGUGUGGCACACGACGUUGAUGAUUUAAUCAUCAGACGCGUACUAAUAAAAUAAUAUAAUAUACUAGGUAGGUAAGUAGUAAGUACUAAGUACACUCCGAGAUAUUAUAUUAUUUUAAUAUACACCUCGAGUUGUGACAAGGAAACGGAUUUCCUUAAGACAGGUCGUCGUCGCCGUCGCUGUCGCACAACCGCGACUCGACGUUUUGAUUUCCUUUAGACUUCCGUCACCGGAUCGAUAGCCAUAUCAUGCACUAGCAGCGUAUUAUAAUGUUAGGUAUUAUGCACGCUUGUGGUGCGUAAAUAAUUGUUCCCAUACUCGUCAGCCCCACCACACUCGUAUAUAAUUGAUGUGCCUUCGACAAGGCGACCACGGGACACGAUUCGCAAGAACAAACGCUUUUUGUUUCGAUGGGAACGAUGGCAUGAGAGAAACCGACUAUACCUAUAUAGUAUUAUAAAAUUAUUUAUAUAAACUCAAAGCCAUAGUGUUUGACCCGGUCGAAUUAAUACUUAAUAAUAGUCUCAUAUACAGGGUGUUUUCAUAGUUAUGCGGUAACGCGUACGGGAAAAAUCGAGAAAUUGCAGUACAAAAUACCCACAACCGUGAAAAAGUUUUUGGAUCAUUUGGGUUCAACAAAUUUUAACUCAACGCAAUAGUGUAAAUAAUAAAAAUAAUCAUUUAUCAAACAGUAGAAGAAUUGGUAUACCUGCAAUAUUAUUAAAUCCUAAAAUAGCCGUUAUACCUAUUAUACGAACUGUAAUUGUAUAAUAAUUGUAUUUAUUUCAAAAGGAUUUUAGAUUUAUUGUUAAAAAAAAAAACUGCACUAAGUAUAUUACCAGAAAUAAUUUAUCUCGCCACAAGCUUAGGUUUUUGGGGUGAAUUCAAAACUCAAACGCACUCCAGUUUAAUCUACAUACAAUACACAUUAUAUAUAGACACCUAUCUAAUUAUAAAAUGAUUAAGUGGUAAUUGCAUGGUUUUUAACAAACGGCAGGAGAAAAUAAUAUAUCCUGACACGUGUAGGUACGUGUGCGGCGGGACCUUGACACGGUCGAAAUUAAACCCGCCGCAGCAAUCAACCCGACGAGGGGCUGGCGGGGGUUGAGAACGAGCGUAAGUGUAAUUGGUGUACGUUGAUUAGGAGGUGGUGGUGGUAAAAGAGUGUUACAUAUAAAAGCGAAAAACUGGGUGGCCGCAAGCACGCACGUGUAUCGUCCGUGGUUCCGCGCAGUCACAGCCAUCACAUCCUCGAGGCCUCAUGAUGGACGUCGUAAACGUUAUGUUCGUCGGUAUGACGUUCGUGUUCGUGGUUGUGCCGUUGGUGCUCAAGUCGAUGGACGGGACUCGAUUGCCGGUCGCUGUGGCCCGAUUGUACGCGUACGGCAAGAUCACGGGCGGCGCGAAGCCGUCCGGCGUGCUGAGCGUGCCCAAGCGGUGGUACAAGCACUUUUACGCAUUCUCAUUGGCCCUGUCACUGAUGGCAGCGCUGGCGCUGUCAGACGAGUAUGCGGCGGGAGCCCCUUGGCCGUCGGCCGCGGCGUGGUGCCGGCGGUGGCUGUGGGACCCGGUCCGCCGACCGAAGUCGUCGUACAGCUCGGCCGCCGCGUCCACGGCCGCCGGCAUGUUCGUGCUACAGUGCGCCAGGCGGACGUACGAGACGUGCCACGUGAACGUGUUCUCGGACACGGCGGUUGGGCUGUGGUAUUACGCGUCCGGUUACAUGCAUUACAUAGGCGCCAUCGUCACCGUGCUGGCCGAGGCGCCGGUCGCAGUGGCGGCCGGGGAGCCACAGUCCAGCGGCGCCUGGGAGCCUGUCCGGUUGGCCGGGGCCCUGCUGGUGUUUGCCUGGGCAUAUCGCGAACAGUGGCGGGCCAACGUGGCACUGGCCGAGGCCCGGAAGCGCGGAGGUCAGGUGGUUACGCACGAGCACAUUAUGCUCACCGGCGGACUUUUCGACCUCGUGUCUAGUCCACAGAUGCUCACCGAGGUGGUCUUGUACGGCGCUUGGUACGCCGUGCUGUGGGGCACCACCGGAUGGAAGUACGUGAUCGCGUUCGUCUGGGGAAAUCAGUUCGAGAUAGCACUCAUCAGUCACCAGUGGUACCAGGACAAGUUCCCGAACUACCCACGAGAAAGGAAAGCUAUCAUACCGUAUAUUCUGUAAUUGCAGUUGCAUCGUCGUGUGCAGGGUGCAGCACUGUCCGCUCAUUAGAAUUUCAUAAUAUGAUAUUUAUAGGCGAUGAGUAUAAUACCUAUAUUGUAUAAUAUUUAAACUUUUUGUUGAUUUUUACGUGAUUUUGUUUUUCAAUUACCUAUAUUAUUUACCUAUUUAAUAAUGUCACUAGUGCCUAGACUAGAUGACUAUCUAUAAGAACAAUAGCCAUUUUUAUAUAUAAUAUCACGAUAACAUUUAAAAUAUUCAACAAUAACAUGGUUUCAAAAUACAAAAGAGUAAAAACAAAAAGUAGAAACAAUGGACCAAUGAAAGUUCAAUGUUUUAAUUAAAAUAUAGAAAAGGAUCGAAAAGUCUCAACAAACAUGGAGAAUUGGACAGAUAGUUAGAAAAAGAUACAGGAAUAUAGAGAAUAAGAGCGCUUUCUGGUUGAGCGUGUAGAAACCCUGAUAUAUAUUAUUAUAUAAUAAUGCGACAUAACCGAGCAACCAGCGUUCGUCUGGGGCAAUCAGUUCCGGAACUUAUCUAUACAUGUGAUUGUAGUUUCAUAGUCUUGUGCAGCAGCUUAUCACACGUCGUACUCUAAGAGUUACAUAUUAUGUAAUAUGGUAUUUACGUAUACCUAUCAAAUCAAUGUAUCUGUACCUACUCCUUAAUAUAAGUUCGUCUCGUUGGUUGUGA